UACCCCCUGCUGAUUUCAUCAGCUGAUAUCCUGGUCACAUGUACACAGCAAGUCACAUGUACACGGGGUGACUGUGUUGUUUUAGAUCCUGUGUUGUACACAGGUUUACUUCAGGUUAACGUAAAGUUGAAAAUCAUGGCUACUGCAAGGUUUAUGCUGACUCUACUCUCGUGCUUUUCAGGUGUGUUUGGGGUACCCAGUCUUCCUCCAGUCCCAUCAAGGAUCAAAGAUGAGAUUGCAGGAUACAAAGGUGUUGCAGAUGAUAUCAUCAACCUGUCUGUUCACGGGAAGGCCCAGAACCAGUCUUACAACAGGCUGGCUGAGUUUGUGGACACCUUCGGAAGUCGUAUCGCCGGUUCACAGAACCUGGAAAAUGCUAUAGAUUACAUGCUGAAGGUCAUGAAAGCUGAUGGUCUUGAAAACGUACAUGGAGAGGAUGUUAUGGUUCCUCACUGGGUCCGAGGGAACGAAUCCUGCACCAUGUUGGAGCCUCGUCCUUACAAAGUGUCAAUCUUGGGGCUGGGCAGCAGUAUAGGCACACCUCCUCAAGGAAUAAAGGCAGAAGCUCUGGUCGUUCAUUCAUUUGAUGAGCUGCAUUCUCGAGCCAGUGAGGCAAAGGGGAAGAUCAUUAUCUAUGACCAAGGGUAUGUGAACUACGGAGUAUCGGUGGCGUACAGAGACUACGGCGCGGUCGAGGCAGCCAAGGUGGGGGGCGUGGCAUCUCUGAUCCGAUCUGUGGCUGCCUUCUCCAUCCACAGCCCACAUACCGGCUGGCAGGAUUACAAGGACAACACAACAAAAGUGCCGACAGCUUGUAUUGCUGUGGAGGAUGCUGAGAUGUUCUCACGUAUGGCGGCCAGAGGAACAAAAAUUGUUCUUCAUCUGAAGAUGGAAGCCAAGAACCUGCCAGAUGCAAAGUCUAGAAACACUGUGGCUGAGAUCAGAGGGAGGGAACAUCCUGAACAGGUGGUGCUUGUGAGUGGUCACCUGGACAGUUGGGAUGUGGGCCAAGGAGCCAUGGAUGAUGGUGGAGGUGCCUUCAUAUCUUGGCAGGCAUUGUCAUUGAUACGUCAACUUGGACUUCGCCCCAGACGAACACUGCGGGCAGUGUUAUGGACAGCGGAGGAGGUGGGUUUGGUGGGGUCUCAACAGUACUACCAGAGGCACAAGGCCAACAGUAGUAACUAUGACCUUGUGAUGGAGUCUGACAUUGGAACCUUCACACCGACUGGCAUCAUGUUUACCGGCAGCUCCAAUGCUAAGUCCAUCAUGACCGAAGUCCUGUCCCUGCUGAAGCCCAUCAACUCCUCCCAGCUGCUGGACCACGCCGAGGGCGGCGACGUCUCCUUCUGGAUCAGCGACGGCGUCCCCGGGGGAAGUCUGGCCAAUCAGAACGAGAGAUACUUCUGGUUCCACCAUUCUGAUGGUGACACCAUGUCAGUACAGGACCCCCGUGCCAUGGACCUCUGCUCUGCUGUGUGGGCUGUUACAGCGUACGUGGUCGCUGACAUGGAAGACAUGUUACCUCGGCACUCAGGCCCAUGAAAAAAAAUUGUUUCCCAUUUCAGUGCUGAAGAAAUUAGGGUCAGCCAGUAGGGAUUAUCUUUUUUUAAAGACUUUGGUGAUCUCUAUUAUACUUUAUUGAUAGUGAUUCAAAUUAUACAGUACAGUUUAACAAAGUGAAAAUAGCAUGAGAACACUCUUGGUUUUAAAGUCAAUGUUGGAAAACUGAUUGUACAAUGUUUCAUCACACAGAUCAUGGAGCUAGGGAAGCUCGAAAAAUUGUAUGUCACUUGCAGGGGUCCACAAAGGGGUUGGCAAUUUUUUCUAGUGUCAGUCGGAAAACAGGAAACACAACAUUUUUUUUCCUAGGCCUAACCAUUGUCACUUGUUAGGUGCAGCAUGGCACAAUACCAGGUCUUUUAUUCAUGUUUCUUCAUCUUUUCUUCUUCUGUUCCAAACAAAUAAGGUCAAUGAUCUGAACCAGACAUCUGUCACCAUGGUAGCUGGUGUUGUAGCAGCACCCUAUGGUGUUGGGUUACAUUAUGUAGCAACUUGCGGGACAGUUGGAGGGGCUAGUCACCAUACAUAAAUGUAUGUAUUACUAAGAAUGUGGUUGAGUUAGAAUAUUUAAACAGAGCAGUAGUUUGUUAGGCAGGACCAUGUGAAGGUAAACAUUAUAAGCAUUUUGCUCUCUGCAAAAAUGCUACCAUUGACUACUAGUAGCUGUAAGAAUUGUCUCUUACACAGCUUUUUUUAAUCUACUUAUAGAACUUUAAUUUGAGAACAAAGGAGCUGAAUUUGACAUUAGAUACAUUAUAGGAGUACUUAGUAUCACUAUACCAAGGAGAAAUAUGUACCCUGGCUCAAAUGCAGAAAGACUGCAAGUCCCUUCAUAUGAGUGCUAAUGAAUAUUAAGAUCCCAUACCAACAUUGGUUUUAGACAAUGGCAAAUUAGAAAUGUACAAAGUUAUGAUUUUUUUCAGCAUGUGAGAAGAUGCAAAUCCAGUAUGUGUUCAAAUUUAAUUUCAUCUUUGUAUUCACAGUCUUCUAAAUAGUCUGUCAGAAAUCUAGUUGCACCAACAGUGUACCUGUACAAUGUUUUAUUGCCACAGUUUAGAAUGUACAUAAGACUGAGAAAAAUAGUAUAAUUGUCUAUGCAAAUGUAGAUAUUGCCCUUGAUGUAAAUUCAAAACUAUGCAAAAUAUUUCAUGAGAAAAAUAAAUUGCCACCUGUAUACCCUUA